CCGUACUCCCUGCCCCGCCCUCCUUCCUAAGUCUCCACCUGGUAAUUCGAGCUGUUCCGGAUUUAACGCCCCACCUCGGGCUCUGGAUAAUGGGAACAAGUCGAGUCUUGUCCUGUCUCUGGGGCUAGUCGCUCGAGAAAUGGCCCGAGUCUAAGCGCCUUGGAAACUGCCAGAGCUACGGUUACACCGAAUCAAAGGAGUCUACGCCGGUUACCGGCAUGCGGUUUCCCUGCUUAUCUUGGAAGGGCCCUGGGUGGCACGUUUUAAUCGGGGACUAUUUAGGACUGUUCGUGAAAUCUUUGGUGUAACGUGUGUUUCAUCUUGUUGGCUUAUGGCAACAGUAGUCAGCAAGAAUUCUGAGGUUUUAUCUAUGUCCAUGGAAGCCUCUACCAUUCCAAGAGGAUUUAUUUAUACUGUAUUGGGAACUGUCGACUUGCUUAGAAUCCAGAUUCUGAAGCAGUGCUUCUUGUUACUCUUAUGUGUGUUUUGUAGGAUAGCAGUAAAUCAGUUGAAAACCGGAAAGCUAGAUCAUUCCCAAGAGUGAGCAUUUUACACAUGCGUUAUUUUAGAUGCAUUACCUAAGACGUAAGUACAUGUGGAAUGGGCUCUAAUGAAUUACUUGACAAAACAGUUAUACAGGUUAUUAGUUGGGCUCUGCAGUCUGACUGAUUUCAGCUUCCCCGUUACUUCUCAUGUAUGUGAUUAUGAUUUUAUGAAACGUGUAUGUGGGAGAGGGAAAAAAAAAUCCCUUGGUGUUUCUGAACUGCGUGUCAGGAGUAAAUCAGGAAUGGGAACGUCUUGGGCAGAACUGAAAGGUGUUAGUAGUCACUGCUGCUUUGGUAGAAGUCCCCCCAGCCACUGGGUGGCUCCACUCAGCCCUUAACAACUUUACCAUUGUCUUUAAUUCAUUGUAUGUCGUUGGAAAAGUGCCAGAAUACACAUAUUAUUCUAAGGAAGUAAUACUUAGGAUUUGAGUUGAGGUACUACAGUCACUAUUCACUGUAGAAGUGAUGUCCUUAAUAGUACUAUGAACAAUACUUUUUUAAUCCAUCUGUGAAGUACCAAUCUCUGAAGGCUCAUUUGAACAAAUUUGGAAUAAUGAAAGUUAACUUCCUUAUAGCAUCUUGUAAUAAAUGAAUCCUAAUGCUAGUUGUUUGUUUUUCCAGAAAAAUAAAUUGAGGUUUUUGACUUGAUAUUUUUUAAUACCUGAUAGAUCUCUCCAUAUGGAUUGUUCAAAAUUUGGUGAAGUUCUUCUAUAGACUGUAACUAGCAUGGGGCUUUAAAUGUGUAAAAUGAAACGGGAGCAGAUUGAUUAAGUUUUAUGUUAAGCCUCAAAUGUUUAAACAUGGAAAACUAGUGGAACUUUUUUUUUUUUUUUAUUGUAAGAUUUUAUUUUGUUUGGUAGUUUUCCUGUGUGAGCGGUGGCUGGCGCUUAGCACUCUGCUAUUAAUAUUUCUCUUAGGUUUCCUCUUUGGAAACCCUGGUGGCGUAGUGGUUAGGAGCUAGCUAGGGCUUCUAACCAAAAGGUUGGCAGUUCAAAUCCCCCAGCUGCUCCUUGGAAACCCUGUGGGGCAGUUCUGCUCUGUCCUGUACACAAGUACCUUAUAAACUACUUGGAAGAAAAUUAACAUUGAUGCCUUUCUUGUACAUAUGCUGGAAAAUAUGCUUGUAAUAAAACUGGUUUAGUUCUUUAAGGAGAACUUAGGAAAAACAAAUACAAUAUACAUUUACUUAUUGAUGGUAGUAGUUACCUUACUUCUGAGACUUGAAGUAUAGGAUAAAUUUCACUCCCCACUUGCCCCACUCCAUUUCUUCUCUAAAUUAGAUUUCCAAUUCAGCCUGAAUAAAUAAAAUUUUUGAUUUUAAAAUACAAGAGAAUAUCAUUAAUAUUAUAUUUUUAUAGUUUGUAAGUGAGAAAUCCAUCUUAAAUUUAUAAGCACACAUUCUCUUCACAUAGCAAGUUGUUUAGCUUCCAGAGACUUGUCGUUUUCCUCCUCUGUUAAAACGAUAAUGGGUUGUUGAGAAUCAAAUGAAAUAAUGUAUAUGGAAGCACUUUGAAAACCAGUUUUUUAAAUUCUCUUAAGAAAAAAAGGACAUAUUGGUUAAGUGUAGUUUGUUGUUAGCUGCCAUCAAGUCAGCCCCCAGCUCAUGGCAACCCAGGGCUCUGUAGACUUUUCUUGCCCCACCUUUCCUCUGCAGAGCCACUGGGUGGGUUUAAAAAGGAAGAAGUGAUAGAAAGCACAAAAGGAAAAUGUAGAAGUGACUUCGUAAUUUAACUUUUAAAGAGCGCAAUUUAAAAGGUAAUCAUUAAGAUAAAACAUAAUUACACAAGGUAGUUUUAAUUAUUUUUGCAGAAAGAUUAUAUGCAAGAACUAACAGUUUCAGUGUGUUCUUGAAGUUUGUAAUGUAUAAAAAUGUUUUAUUAGUUGGAAAAAGUCAAUGUAGAAAGUUGCACAUAUAUUUCAUAACAAUGGUAAAGCAAAUAACUAUUAAAAGAGGAAUGAUUAACAGAAGAAUAUCUGUGUGUGAAUGAGAUAAUCACCAAAUGUUAACAGUGGCUUCUUUGAGGAACUUUAUUUUUAAAGUAAUAAUGUGUUUGAGACUGCUUGUUAUAUGCUUAUUGAUUGGAUCUAUGACCACCCUUAAAGUGUGUGAUGUAAGUAAAAGUUAAAGUGGCUUGAAUAAGACAGUUGUGUGCUUAAGUACUGUAAAAACCUAACAUGUUCUUUUUGAAUUGGAAAGCAACUUUUUUUUUCUCUCCCCCUUUUUUCUUUUAAACAGCAGUUCUGUGGUGUUCUUGGUCACACAUUUAUGGAGUUUCUGAAGGGCAGUGGAGAUUACUGCCAGGCACAGCACGACCUCUAUGCAGACAAGUGAACUGUAGAAAUUCAUUACUACUCCACCAAGAAGCCCCCAUAAGAGCAGUUAACCUGGACACAGAAGUGUUGAAUUGAAAUCUGCAGAGCAAUUUUUAAGAGUUCUGACCUGGAUGGGGUAAACCUCAGUGCACUUCCUUUCUGUUGCCUCAGUAUUACUGGAUUGAAGAAUUGCUGCUGCUUGUUAGGUUCAUUUCAUUUUCCAUUACUCCCAACAUCAUACUCUCAAAGCACUGAGAAUUUCAAGUGGAGUAUUUUGAAGUAGACUUCAGUUUCUUUACAUCAUUUCUGUAUUCACUUUUUAAAAUUCUUUCAUAACCCUAUUGAGUGUUUUUUAACUAAAUUAAUAUGGCUCGAAUGAACCGCCCAGCUCCUGUGGAAGUCACAUACAAGAACAUGAGAUUUCUUAUUACACACAAUCCAACCAAUGCGACCUUAAACAAAUUUAUAGAGGAACUUAAGAAAUAUGGAGUUACCACAAUAGUAAGAGUAUGUGAAGCAACUUACGACACUGCUCUUGUGGAAAAAGAAGGCAUCCAUGUUCUUGAUUGGCCUUUUGAUGAUGGUGCACCACCAUCCAACCAGAUUGUUGAUGACUGGUUAAGUCUUGUAAAAAUUAAGUUUCGUGAAGAACCUGGUUGUUGUAUUGCUGUUCAUUGUGUUGCGGGUCUUGGGAGAGCUCCAGUGCUUGUUGCCCUAGCAUUAAUUGAAGGUGGAAUGAAAUAUGAAGAUGCAGUACAGUUCAUAAGACAAAAGCGGCGUGGAGCUUUUAACAGCAAGCAACUUUUGUAUUUGGAGAAGUAUCGUCCUAAAAUGCGGCUGCGCUUCAAAGAGUCCAAUGGUCAUAGAAACAACUGUUGCAUUCAAUAAAACCGGUGCCUGAUGGUAUUGCUUUGGAAGUGGAACUUGAGACAGGACCGAAUUUGUCGUGCAUAUUUACCAACAUGUUAAUUUGGUGGAUAAGUCUAAUAAAGCUUCCAUACGAGUAUUGAAAACCAGUUUUACCAGGCUACAAGCUUGAAAGAAUUGCAACCUCCGUGUUUGGGUUACGAUCAACCUAUCUGGAUACUUAGCAAAGGUUUCUUACUGUUCAGCAUUUAAAAUGUGCUUAUCAUUUGUACCAAUUGACCUUUCCUGAAAUCAUGCAGUAUUGUUAUGUCUUCUUUAAAUCUAUUCCCAUGCCAGAAUCUUAUCAAUAUAUAAGAAAUUUAGAGAGAUUAGGUGCCAAAAUACCCAGCACAAUACUUGUAUAUUUUUAGUAUCAUACAGAACUAAAAAAUCCCAGGAACUAUGAACACUCUAGACCUUAUGUGGUUUAUUCCUUCAGUCAUUUCAAACAUUGAAAGUAGGAUCUGUCAUUUUUUGCCUGUUCACUUUUUGUUUACAUCUCCCACAUUCGUAUCAGUAUACAUCAGGUUUGCACAACCAUUGAUUUUUGUUGGAUUUUUACCAGGUCUUACAGUGAUUGUUUAAUGUCUUUAUACAAAUCUCAUUUUGUGCUUUUAUGGAAAACCAUUUUGAAAAAUCUACAUUGUACAGAAGCACAUGUCUUUAAUGUCUCCAGACAAAGAAAAAAAAAAGCCUUAGAGUUAAUUUAAUGUUUGCACUUUGGGGUGCAACUUAACAGGGAGGGCCUGAAAAAAAGAAUGGGAGGGGGCUAUUAAAUAUUUUUAGUAAAAUGUUGCCUUUGUCUUGUGCAGAACAUGUAGAAUAUGCUCUUUAAUUUAGUAAAUAUUUUUUUAAAAGGUAGAGAUGCUUUGUUAUUGUAGCUAAAACGAUUCUUAAUCAUAAAAUUUCUGAAAUUCUUGUCAUUUUUUUUCCAUAUCAAUUUGAAGUUGUUUACCAACUUUUGUUUGAAGUGUGAUUUUUUUCCCCCUUCUCUUUCCAACCUGUCUUGCAAAAAACGUAGGUUUCUGCUACUGAAUUGAGCAGACUCUAAUUUUUAUAUGCCUUUUGAGCUGUGUAACUUAAUAUUUGGAUACUUGAUAAUUUGUUUUAUUAUAUAAUUGAUAAAAUGGUGAUGUGUAUUAAUGUUAGUUCAACCAUAUAUUUAUACUGUCUGGGAAUGUGUGGUUAUAGUUCUGUGGGAGAAAUAAUUUGUCAGUGUUCACCAGCUUGUAAAAACCUAGUUGCGAGAGCUUAAACAUCUAAAUAAAUGAUGAAAUGCA